GCUAGACAAAUGUCGAUCUACAGUGGAUUUGGAACCCGACAGCAGGAAGAAUCUUAUAAUAAGAAUCUAUAUCAUAUAAUUUUCCUCCUGCAGCUCAAAAUCACUAAGGAAUUCAUGAGCCAAAGUAUUGGAGAUGAGAAGUUUGAAAAGGUGUUUAAAUAAGCUUUACAUGCGCCUUAGUGCAAAUGAUAACUCUAAGUAUCUCCCUCCAAGAUUCUCAUAUGCAAUGAAAGAUCUAGCUGAGUACUAUGGAGUCUUUGUUGAUCUUGAAGGUAAUAAGACUGGCCAACAAUACCUCGCUAGCAAUGCUUCAAACUCUUCGUUAAGCACAGUAGCUCAGUUAAAAGCAAUGCAAUCAGGUAAGAAAUCAAAGAUGAAGAGCUCUAAGAAAAGAAUCAAUAUUCAGAAGCCUAAUCUGAGUAAUUUCAAAAAUGAAGACUCUUUCAAUCUUGAAAUCAUUAAGGAAACAGUUAAAAACAAAAUCUCCGCUAAUAAAAAGAUUUCAAAGAAGAAAAAUAGCAUUGAAACCGGCUAUAGACUCGCCCAUAGAAGGCAAACUCAGAAGAACCUGGCUAAGCCAUCCAAAGCCAAAAGGAACAGUCUUGCUCCUCAUCAUGCAGCCAAGAAAACUCAAAAAUCACGAAUAGAGAAAGCAGAUGGGGUUUACACUCAGAAUAUUUACGAACGACUCGAGCAUAACGAUGCCUUAAAUCUCAGUUGUCAUCCAAGGCAAUAUGCUAGGAACAACCUGCACUUUACAGCACUGAACUCAAGCUUUGAUAUGCCCUUGGAUCAUCAGGAAGCCCCACCACUCAAUAUCUCAGAGCUAGAUUUAGAUAGUAACUCACUUGAGUCAGAGGGAAGGUCUCAUUCCAAGGCAUCAAAGUAUCCCCAAAUUGCUGAUAGUUAUUAUCGAAAGCAUAACAGUAUGCAGAAAAACUAUCACACAGAUUCAAAGACAAAAGCCAAGCUAAAAUAUCAGCUUAACAGGUCACAUGCCAAUUCUCCCUCAAGUUUGAAUCCAAACAUGAACAUUAGAAUGGAUUCUGUGGAUAACAACAGCUCUACUAUUUAUAAUCAGAACUCAGAGAAGAGGAAAUUGAGAAAAAUAAAGCAUAGUCCUCUUAUCAACCACCAAUUUCAGCAAAGAGUUUCUGAAAAAGAUACCUCAACUCCUAACGGCUUACCCAGUGUGACUGUGAAUUUCAAAAUAGAGCCAGGAACAGGCUCUGCCAUGUUCGAUGCUAAUUACGAGCCUUCCCAUCCUGACUUACAGGGUUAUGAGUCAGAAGAGAUCGAUGGUUACGCCAGUGAUCACUUUGAAGGCUAA